UUGCUGUAGAAUAAGCUUAUCCGAAAAAACAAUCUCAAAACAGCAGGGGAAAUGUCUCUCCUUAUCUUCACCACUGCUCCCUCUGUUCCUCUCUCCUCUCAUUCUUCCUCUACUUCUGCAUUCCCAUCCUCCAGGUUGUGCAACAGUCACAUUACUCUGAAACUAAAGUCAUAUGCCAAUUACCAUAUUCAAGCACCUCUUAUCUUCAACAAGAGAGGUGCAUUGAUCGCCAAGGCAGCUGCGGACAUUGAUAGUGUGGGUUCUGAUAAUCCUGAGCCGGCACCAGAGAACAAUGAAGAAAGUGUGCCUGUUGAGAAUCUGCCCCUGGAGUCUAAGCUUCAGCAAAAGCUUGAUCAAAAGAUGAAAAUGAAAUUGGCAAAGAAGAUCAGACUACGAAGGAAGAGACUCGUUAGGAAGCGCCACCUAAGGAAGAAAGGGCGAUGGCCACCUUCUAAGAUGAAGAAGAACAAGAAUGUCUAGGCUUAACCUGAGAUAUCUUGCAGGUUUAUCUGCUGUCUUGUGUCCCUUCUAUUAAUGCAAUGCUGUGACCUUAAGAUAAUUUUCUUCAAUCUGUAUCUAAAAUUUCAAGAAAUUAAUUAGAUUCUUUUCCUGAUUAAAUUUCUUAAUUUUGUGAUCGAAUAUGUUAGGGGUUGAGUUUGUACUUGUUAUUACUUGAUUGAGAAACAUCCUAUGCAAUUUCUAAUGGUGAUUCAGGAAGUUCCCUUGGAUAUAUUCCAUGGA